AUGAGGACGAGGAGUCCCUGGAUCUGGAAGGAAUCAAGCCCAAAUCUUCACCCAUACCAAGACGAUAUUGACAGCCUACCUGAACAGAUCCAUCCUUCAUUACCCAUAGAGGUUUUCAAAACUUCAUGUUUGGAUAAUCAGAGGUCCUUUAUAAAAACUGAAAAGUCACAAAACCAGGAAGACCCUACAAAUAUCUACACCAAAGAGGAAAAUAUAUCAGUGCAAACAGAAUAUUCAAUCAGCACCUCUUGCAUUCUUGCCCAAUCUCCAGAUGACCCCACAAGGAUCAGCUUGGGUUCCUCUGAUGAUAAAUUAGAGUCUGACUGGUGUGAGAUGAGAUCGAGCAUUGAAAAACUUUCUCAUUUAGCAAUAGCAACAACUAUGCCAAUAGAACCAUAUACAGAAUUGGAGAACACACAGAUAAAUAUGAGCAAUACUUUGGAGAGCUGCCAAAUUAAUGAAAAGAAGGAACAAAUGCUCAUGGGUUUUUCUACACAGACUUCAGAGAUGGAGAGCUCCAGUAUUAUUAAUUUUGAUGGAGAAUGUAACACAUCAGUGAUUAAAGAGAUAGAAGAAAUUCACAAAAGCCUGGAAGAGCAAGAAAAGGGAAAUGGAAAUCAAAUUAAGCAGAUGGAGAAGCAGAAACAAGACAAAGAGGAGAAAGAACAAGAACCAGAAGAACAAGAAGGUGCAGAAGAAAAACAUGAAAUGAAAGGAGGAAUAAAUAGCAUUGAAGAUGAGUUGAAAUAUAUAGACGAUGAAGAGGACUUGGAUGCAAUGGAAACUGAGAGAGAAAAGAAACAACAAGAAGAUGCACAUGAUCUGCUUUCUCAAGAUUCAGAGGAGCAGAAGCAGAUCAUUAGUACCGACACUGUUAAAUCAUUACCACAACAUCAUAUUGACUUAAAUGAAAUAGAAAUUCUAGGUGAGUACUCAGAAAAAGAGGACAUACACAUCAACCAUGGAUUAGAGAUCUGUGAGGAAACUGCUACAUCUUGGCAAGAAUCAUCUCAAAAGACUGAUAUUGAACUCAGUGGAAGUAUGCAAGCUAUGGAGAAUGAUUGGAACCUCAUUGACUUUAUUGAUAAAGAAGAGAAUGUGUGCUGUGAAAGUGUGAAACGGGAAUGGGAAACUAUUGAUGAUGUAAACAGUAUGCUGGAAAACAUGGAACGCCUGGCAAAAGACUCAGUGAACAGAGAUCUUGAAAACGUUGAAGACAAUACCUCAACAGAAUCGCAGAUAGAUGAUGAGAUGGAGCUGUACCUGAACAGUCUGAGGAAUUCACAACAGUCAGUAUUCAGAGAAGGCGCAAUGAGUGGAAGCUAUGGCAAAAGACCCUCCUUGAGCAGAGGAAGGCCAUUAGCUAUGCCUUCAAUCUCUGAGUCUAUGGACGAGGACCAGCCGAGUAGUUCCCUAGAGGAUUUAACAAAUAUUGAGUACAACAUGAAGCUGGAGAGAGCUACACUGCCCCUAGUGGAUGGGAAUGAACAUGUCAUUGGACGUAAUGUCUUGUGGUGGAAAGAGUUUCUGUCCUAUGACAAUAUGUCAAGGGUGACUAGAUACACAUUUUUGUUGAUAGUGUUUUUGGUCAUAGCAUAUUAUUAUGACUUCAUUGCAUGUUUUGCCCUAUAUAUUCUUACAGUGUAUUGGCUGUUUUAUCAAGGUGAGGAAGAACCACUGAAAAGCUCUCAGAAAGGUGAAAGAGGACUGUAGUAAAUAUGAUUUACUCAUCAACAUUUGUUGGAGAACUUAGAAAUGUGAAUCUAAAUGUUUUGUACACAUACAAUUGUUGUACAACAUUGGAUUAUGUGGGGCUAUUUAUCUCACAAAAUUUCAUAAAGGCAAAGACAUGUUUAUAAGAAGACUUUUACAUUAAUUUGCCAUUACAUAAUUCAACAGGUAUAUUGCCUUGCUCUACAGACAACAUAAAGUUUGCAUAAAAUAUCAAAAUGCUCUUUACAAAGAGCUGAACAUACAGCAAGAGAUUAUAUGGGGUCUACAGUAUAUAUGUAGAAAUGUUUGGGUUCUGUGUUAAUGGUGCCUGGUACAGUGAUGAUACACUGGGUGAGUAAAAAGUUUGACAGAUUAUAGAGGAUAAGUCUUUAAAAAAGGAUUUCAUUGACAUACUUU